UAUUCCUGGUCAGGAUAAUUUAACUCCACUGGCUCGUCUAGAAAAAUAUGCCUUCAGUGAUAACAUAUUUAACAGAACCAACUGUACGUACAGAGCUGAUGGAACAAAUACCUCCUAUUGCCAUUUUUUUGCAAGAAAGUCGACCAAAAUUCCCAGCAGCAUUUUUUGAAUACCUUAUGCCCAUAGUCGUGAGAUACCUCACAGAUGUUAACAAUCAGGUUAGAAAGGCAGGUCAAGAAGCACUGCUUAUACUGCUAGAACAAGAUCUGGUUGCUCAGAAUGACGUUGAAAAUAAGGUGUGUCCAAUUCUGUUAGACCUCUCUGCUCCUGACAGUGAUGAUGAGUACAAGGUAGAAGCCGUGAAUAUAAUCUGUAAAAUGGCUUCUAUGUUGAGCAGAACAACAGUUGAGCACAUGCUGCUUCCUCGUUUCUGUGAACUGUGCAGUGAUGGGAAAUUGUUUCAAGUCCGAAAGAUUUGUGCAGCUAAUUUUGGUGACAUUUGUAAUGCAGUUGGGCAAGAAGCCACAGAAAGACUGCUGAUUCCCAAGUUCUUUGAACUCUGUUCUGAUAGUGUUUGGGGAAUGAGAAAAGCUUGUGCUGAAUGCUUUAUGGCAGUGUCUUAUACUACAUCCCCAGAAGUUCGCAGAAGCAAACUAUCCCCACUGUUCAUCAGUCUUAUUAGUGACACUUGCAGAUGGGUUCGUCAGGCUGCUUUCCAGUCUCUUGGCCCAUUUAUCUCUACCUUUGCAAACCCUUCAAGUGCUGGUCUUUACAUUCGAGAAGAUGGGACACUGAGUAUCCGACCAUCAACACAAGAUGUGAAUUCCAAUUCCUGCCAGCCAAGCAACAACAUAACUUUAAUGUCCUCCAAUACAAAUGCUACAUUGUCCAGUUCAGAACAACCAAUGGAAAUCAAACCAGAAUCAUCAACUGAGGAGACUUCAGCUGAAGUUAAUACAAAGCUCUCACUUGAAAGCCUAAAUAAAGAUACACGGGAAGAAAGUUCAGAUUAUUGUACCAGUCCUGGAGAAGACGUGUCUCGAUUGUCUCAGGGUGACAAAGUUGCUGCUGGUGUCAUAGAAGUCACUAAGGACAGCAGUUUUCCUGGAACGAGCUCAAGGCUACAGUCUGCUGAGGACGUAUUUAAUACUUUUCUAUACUGGCGCCCUCCUCUGCCUGAUAUAAGUCAGGAUCUGGAGCUGCUUCAGUUCAAGACUGAAAAGCACAAAGAUAGCUGCUCUGUGCCAUGUAAUAACUGUGUUGCUAGUAGUGAAAUAAAAAAAGUUCUAGAAAGCUUACAGGAGCACAUAGAUGAUCCAGAUGUUCAAGCUCAGGUCCAAGUGUUGUCUGCUGCUCUCAAAGCUGCUCAGUUUGAUUCUGUUGGUGACUAUGAGACCAAGAAAAUGGAAGAAAGCAGUGGCAAACUUCAGAACAAAACUAUUUCAGACGAAACAGCUGUUUCAGAUGCUACCUGUGGCCAGGUGGAGGAGGACACUCCUUCAUCCCCUGCCUCCCAGGAUAACAUCAGUGACCAGUCUACCACCCGUAUACUGAAAAGCACAGACUCAGAGGAACAACACAGAGGAACCAGUGUAUUUUUAAAGAAAGAGCAAGAAAAUAAUCCACCAUUUGAAGAUGACAAGUCAAAAUUACAGGAUAUCAUACCUCAACCUUUAUUAGACCAGUACUUGUCAAUGACUGACCCGGCUCGAGCCCAGACUGUUGAUACUGAAAUAGCCAAACACUGUGCAUAUAGUCUUCCUGGGGUGGCCUUAACGCUGGGCAGGCAGAACUGGCACUGCCUGAAAGAUACAUACGAGACGCUGGCCUCAGAUGUACAGUGGAAGGUACGUCGGACGCUAGCUUUCUCCAUACAUGAACUAGCAGUUAUUCUGGGAGAUCAGCUAACAGCUGCUGAUCUGGUGCCAAUUUUCAAUGGAUUCUUGAAAGAUCUGGAUGAAGUGCGUAUUGGUGUCCUUAAACACCUGUAUGACUUUCUAAAGUUACUUCAUGCAGACAAAAGGCGAGAGUAUCUUUACCAACUUCAAGAAUUUGUGGUGACUGAUAACAGCAGGAACUGGAGGUUUCGUUACGAGCUGGCAGAGCAGCUGAUCCUGAUACUGGAACUCUACAAUCCCAAUGAUGUCUAUGACUACUUAAGACAUAUUGCACUAACUCUCUGCUCCGAUAAAGUUUCAGAAGUUCGGUGGAUCUCCUUCAAACUGGUUGUAGCAAUACUACAGAAGUUCUAUGCAAACAAUGCAAAUGCACUGGGAUUAAAUUUCAUUAAUGAACUUGUAGUGCGGUUUCGUCACUGCUCCAAGUGGGUUGGAAGACAAGCUUUUGCCUUCAUUUGUCAGGCCGUAGUAGAAGAAGAAUGUAUGCCUGUCGACCAGUUCGUGGAACACUUACUCCCCAGUCUUUUAAGUCUUGCUUCAGAUCCUGUGCCAAACGUAAGGGUUCUGCUCGCCAAGGCUCUAAGGCAGACGUUACUGGAGAAAGCUUAUUUUAAAAGUGUUGGCAAUCCUCAUCUAGAAGCUGCAGAAGAGACCAUUCUAGCCCUGCAAUCUGACAGAGAUCAAGAUGUGUCCUUCUUUGCCACCAUAAAACUAAAACAGGGUAACAUGGACAGUACUACCAUUGAAAAACAAAACUAACGCAUUCUUCUGCAGUAAAAGCUGAACAUCAAAAUGGUUAUUCACCUUAUGUUUGCUGUUGGUAUGAAUAAUGGGGACAAAUAAGAAGAUUUUUGUUAUCUACUUGAGCUCGAAGGAGUCUAUUGAGAAAUGUUACGAUGUUUCAUGACCACGCUUCAUCUACAGCUGUGUAUUUGUCUGAUCUGCAUGAGUAAUUCCCUUUGGUUUUUUCUUUGUAAAUGUGGGUGAUAACUCUGAUCUCGCCUGCAGUUAAGUAUUGUAUGUGAAGUUUUACACCAUACUCAGUGUUUCAGUGUAAUUGGAAUUCAUAUUUCAUUUUUUAACAAAACAUUUCCAGUAGUAGAGUAGUCUGCUACAGCUUAAAACUGUUUCUAGAUCUUAAAACUUACAUGAAGAUAUUCUUUUCUCACUUUUAUUGUAGUUUUUGUAUUGUUUAGAGUAUUGCAUUUUAACAGGGCGAAAAAAGUGUAUAUAUGUGAAUAGUUUUGAAUUUUAACAAACGAUGAAGAACUUAAUUCUGUAUCUGUGGAAAAAAGCUCAAAUAAUUUCAUUUUAUAAAGUAGUUACUCAGCUAGAAUUAAGGCAUGGUUCAUUUUUACCCAAUCUAAUGUGAUAUUUUUCAAAGCACAGAGAGCUCAAGAUUCUUUGUAUAUUGUGACUUUUCUAUUAAUUUGUUAUUUCUGAGCUAUACCAUUACAGGUGUUAACAUGUCUGUUUUCGUUACUGCUGGCUCUGGUAGUGGUAGGUAGACUGUAAAUUUGCCAAACUGAAAAUUACUCGUUCGGCCCUAGCAAAGUUCACUUCAUGUAAGGGAUUCAGUUCCUGCAACACAGGCUGUGUCUGUAGAAGGGUAUUACAGAAUUUUACAGACUUACUUUUUUGUUUGUUUGUUUUAGAUACACACCUCAUUUAAAAAACACUUUUUAGCUGGUCCAACAUUCAAAUCCCAAACAGCCUGCUGCUUUGUUCCUAAGAAAUGAAGGACCUCUAAAUUCUCAAAAAAACCCAAAUAAUAAAUGUUCAGGGGAAAGGUGGUAACACAGUUUGCUCUAUAACUUCUGUUGAUUGUAUGGUAAGGUUUGGGGCAAACAACAAAUGAAGGUUACUGAGAUCCUUAAGCAUAAGUAGAAUAUCUUCGGUGCAUUUAAACAGGUGUUUCGGAAGGCAGAAAGAAAGAAUAUACAGAGAGAACACAGGUCUGUUAAUAAAAUUGGAUAGCUUCCGACCAGUUUGAAAAAUUAUAAAGCUAAUAUUUUUAACUAGUCUUGUAUUAUAAUGUGUACAGUAUUUGUAAUAAAUUGUUUUCUUGUGAGAUCACAAAAUGCUUUUUGGAAGUUGCAGGCAGAAAUAUACCACUGCUGUUACAGCAAACAGUGUAAACUCUGCAAUGUUCUACAUUUAAUUUUUUACAAUUUUUUUAUAAUUUAAAACAAAUGCUUCUUCAGUACAGACUUUUUAUGAUUGCAGUUUCUUAACAAAAAGACCCCUCAAGUUAAUUUUUUCUAGUUCUAAUAUCUUUUUCUAAUGCUGGCAUUAUACUGGUAUUUUCUAACAGUUCAGAUUUUCUAAGGCCUUUCUGACAAGGUUUUACUUCUGUUUUUUAUUAUCAGUUCAUUAAAUUUCUCAGCACUGAACAAAUUUUUUUAAGUGUGUGUAUAUGUAAGUAUGUUUGAAAUGUACUGUAUAUAAAUUAAAUACUUUGAACAUUAACCCAACCCAGGUUUUUGUUUGUCAGAUUAUCUUAAAUAGUUACCUUUACUUGCAAUAAUCCACUGGAAAACACAAGCUUCCAUAUGUUUUAGCAUGUUUGGUUAGUGUUCACUAAGAUUUUUUUAAUUAGGACAUGUGUAAACAGUAAGCCACCAGCUAUAAAAGUUUACUAAAAGGCUAAACAAAGUUCUUGAGUUUUAACAAUAUUUUGGUACCUCUCUGGCUGCAGAAAUCAUGUCUGUUUUAAAUGACAUGAUUUCAGUAGAUCGUUUGAAAACUUUUGUUAGAACUCUACAGUUGCAUGCACUAAUGGGGGACAUCGUAGUUUUGGGGUGGGGUUUUUUUUGUAGUCAAUGUGCAGGUCUAUAAAACAGAUGUACCCUCUACAAGGUUUGUCUUUUUUGUUUUAGUUUUAAACUAGAAAUGAUUUCAGCAUGACUAAAGACCGCACUUUACGUCUUGUACUAGACAAAUGUAUGCAAUGAUGAGUAAAGCGGUGUGUUCACGUACAAUUCUCUGGGUUGUUUAAAUUAUGCAAGAAGAUGUAUUUUAAAAGCCACAUGGAGCAAAGUUGGGUAGUUGAUCCACUUGCACAACAGCAGUAAGAAUAUCACUUUUAAAACCUUUCUAGCUAAGGAACAUGAAAAUAACGUUAGUGGGUGCAAUAUUGCUUGGAUACUGUAGGAAAUUAUCAAGCACUUGUAAUCCAAAGCAUGUUAGUCAUGUUGCUUAGAAUUCAGACUUGCUGGUACCUCGUGUGUGACAUACAUUGGCACCAGUCGGGGUGCUGCCCCAGUGGCGGUUCUGUCUGCACACAGUGUUGUUUAGAACCCGAUUAAGGGGGGGACACUCUGGAAGUGUCAUUCAUUUGUCAGAAUAGAGGAUCUAUGUAACUUUCUAUUUGUA